AUGGCGUUCGCGGCAGUCCAACCCAACAGAUGGUGGAGAAUCUUCCUGCCCUGCGCAGUGACGCUGACCGGCCUUGGGACCUUCUACUUUGGGCUGGGCUCCAUGAUCGAGUAUCUGACGCAGGCGGGAUUUGGCAAUCCAACUCAGUCCGCAGCGAUCGUCUCCGAGGUGUCCUCGCUGCGCGCGCUCUGCAUGCUCCUCUUCAACUUAUCCGCCGGGUCCUACUUCUCGUCCGGCCCACCCUUUCGCUGGCUCCUCCUCGGGUACCUCUCCGUCGUCCUGAGCUGCGUGCUCGCCGUCGUUUCCGUCUACACCCGCCAUGCCUGGAUCUACUGGCUCGGUUUCGGCCCCGUGCUCGGCGUCGGCACUGCGAUCGCCUACACGAUAUCGUACCAGAUUGCGAUGGCGUGGUUCCCCGACCGCCGCGGCCUUGUCGCUGGCAUGCUCGGAAGCUGCAUCAACCUCGGAGGGGUGCUAUUCGAACUCGCCGCGGGGCGGCUCUACCCAUUCGGGGCGGUCGUCGGGACGGGCGCGCUCACGGUCGCGGUCACCGUCGCCUUCUUCCCGUCGCUUCUGCUGCACCACCCAACACCGCCACCGGCAGCCGUGGCGAAUCAUCGCGCAAAUGGUACCACUACGGCCCCCUGCAGCGGUGGAGGGAUCACGGCGAGAAUAGCCACGACCACGACCACGACGCCCACUUCUGCAACGGCGGUCGACGAACAGACAUGCGACGUCGAGUUAGGGGAGGCACGUGGCGGCGGGCUGGCGGUGACAGAAGGCGCUGGAAAGACUGCAGAACCCGCGCCACCACCCGCUGCUGCGCAGCCGAAGCCAUCGGCGGCGGCGAUGAAGUGCGUGGAAUGCGACGUUGAAUUAGGGAACGCCCGCGGCGGCAGUGUAACGCUCUGGCUUUGCCUCGCGGUGAUCGUGCUCGGGCUGCUGCCCGGCUUCGGGACGCUCAGCGUGCAGAACGUGCUCUACGUUGGCGUGCUGCAGGGCGUGACCAAAGCCGACGCGGCGCAGUACGCGGUAUAG